AUGCUGCAAUUUCUUAGUAGGGCUCUUGCCUCUCCUCGAUUCUCGCAAGUGCCUCAAACAGUCUUCGAAGGAGAGCCUUACCCUGGAGCAAAGAUCCAACCCAGGAACUCCUCUUUGAUCAUCAUCUUGAGUCUAGCAGCCGCCUGCUUUUUUUCAUUGAUUUCAGGUGUCUGGACAGCACGUGUCUGGCUCAACGAUCCUCCAAUCCUCGAGUCAGUGAACACAAAUUUCAAGGCUACCAAGUUCAACGGGUCUCUCUUCGGCGAGAGCAUCUUUCGGCAGGAGGGAAGUCCCGAGGUCGACUCGGCCUGGGAAAGCCUGGGUGUAGAUUAUCGGCCCAGCAUUGUUUCCGAGGCAUAUGCAGAACUAUCAGGAAUCAAGCCUUCAUAUGUUAGGGUAUCUCCUGAAUACGGCGGUGGAUUCGUUGCCAACGUCGAGGGUAUACACCACCUUCAUUGCUUGUCGAUAUCGGUCUGCUUGGUCAGGUCUGGUGGGACAAAGAACACCCACAAGCAUUUCCGGAUUUCAAUACUGAGCACGUAUGCCGAGACUUUGAAGCAGUCAGAGGCUGGGCUGCAGAUCAUCAAGCUCCGGCUGACAUUCCCGGGGACUAUCUUGAAAUUCCAAGGCCUGAAGACGUUCUUGAGAGCAUACCAUAGCACAUGCCUAUUCGUUUGCCUCAUCUUAUAUUUUGGUUCCUUCGUCGCCCCCGCGACCCUCUAUCCACUCACAAAUCUUAUCCUCACCUCUCCGGCAACCGGCCCCGAGUCAAACUGGCCCGAAGUGGUCAGAAAAUCAACACGUCGGGACCGGUAUCAGCCUUGCAUUUGGCAAAUUGGCAAAAGUCGACUCCUCAUCCCAGGUCUUUCCAGCUAA